AUGAAAGCUGAUGAUGACGUUCUUCACUGCCGAGUCGUUGUAAUUGGAGAUUCGGCAGUAGGUAAGACAUCAAUCCUCAAUCAUCUCAUAGAAAACAAAUUUAAUCAGUACGAACAGUCAACAGUUGGUGCAAAUUAUCAGUUAUAUUGUGAGGAAGUCAACGACCAGAAAAUAGAGAUGCAAAUAUGGGAUACUGCCGGCCAGGAAAAGUUCAGAUCUUUAGCUCCUAUUUACUUUAGGAACUCAGCUGCUGCUGUGGCGGUAUAUGAUCAGACAUGUCGACAGUCUUUUGAGCAUCUUGAAACCUGGAUUCGAACAUUUACUGAGAUUGCUGGUACAGAUACAGUGAUUACAAUCGCCGCAAAUAAAUGCGACUUAAUAGAUUCUAUUGAUAUUCCGUUCGACGAAGCUUCCGAAUGGGCAAAGACUAGAGGAUUUAAUAUUACUUCUACCUCUGCUUGCUCAGGCGAAGGCGUCAAACAACUCUUCUCAGCUCUCGCUCAUAAAUUGACAACGCUUGGAACAACUAAUAAACGCGCUAAGAAGAGGGUUGUGGAGAAGGAAGAAACAAGCAAGUGUUCUUGCUAA